CCGAAGACAGCGGUGAAGGGCUCGCAUGGCAGUGACAGCUUGAGAUUAGAGUCAUUGUCCAGUGACGAGGGGAUUUAAACAUUAUUAAAUCGCGUUUUUUUUUCCUGUAACAGAGAUGAGUCACAGAAAGUUAAACCUACGAGGGUCCUCCAUUGUCCUCCUUGCUUUGCUGUGUAUUGCGCAAAGCAAAACCGUGAAAUAUUUUACUUAUGAAGAAGACGCUCCAGGGACAGAGAUUGGCAACCUGUCUCGGGAUUUGAAGAUCGAUCCAGCGGAGGACCCCCAGACGAGCUUUCGCUUCAUGCAGAAAGCCGGCUCCUCGUUCAUUCGAAUGAGAGAGAUUGACGGGCUCUUAACCACUGGAGAGAGGAUCGACAGGGAGAAGCUCUGCGGUCAGUCCCCACGGUGUCUCAUAACCUUCGACAUCAUCUCUUUUUCCAAGGAAAAGUUUCAGCUCAUUCACGUGGAGAUUGAGGUGAAAGACAUCAAUGACAACUCGCCGCAAUUCCCGCACAACGAAACGUACAUUGACAUUUCGGAGAGCGCCGCAGUGGGGACGAGAUUUCCACUGGACAUAGCGGUCGACCAGGAUGUGGGUCCGAAUUACAUUCAGAGCUAUCAUAUCACAUUCAACAGUCACUUUGGCAUUGAGGUGCAUAGCAGGGAGGACGGAGUUAAAUUUGCGGAGCUUGUGCUGCUGAAAGAGCUGGACAGGGAAACAGAAGACUCCUACACCCUCAAGGUGUCGGCUGUGGAUGGAGGGAAUCCGCCAGUUUCAGGGUUAGUGACUGUUCAGAUCAAAGUGCUUGAUUUCAAUGACAACAGUCCUGUCUUCGAGCACAGUAAACUCAAAGUAGAACUGUAUGAGGAUGCGCCCGUGGGUUACCUUCUGUUAAAGCUGAACGCCUUUGAUCCCGACGAAGGUAAAAACGGGGAAGUUGUCUAUGGGUUCGUAGAGGAAUUAUCUUAUGAGAUCAAACAGGUUUUUCAAAUAGACCCCGCUUCUGGACACAUCACACUAAGAGAACAAGUUGAUUACGAGAAGAAGAAAACGUAUGAGCUUAAUAUCCAGGCUUACGAUCUAGGGCUUAAUUCUGUCCCUUCUACCUGCAAGGUUAUUGUGGAAGUUGUAGAUGUAAACGACAACGCACCUGAGAUACGUAUCAAACCGAUGACUUCCAUGAACGACGGGAUCGCGUACAUAACGGAAGCCGCUGCUGAGGACAGUUUUGUUGCGCUGGUCAGCACCUCUGACAGGGAUUCCGGUGCUAACGGGUACGUGCAGUGCAGCUUGCAAGGUCACUGGCACUUCCGACUGCAGCAGGCCUACGGCGACACCUUCAUGAUCGUGACGACCGCGGCUUUAGAUCGAGAGAAGACAGCAGAAUACAACCUGACCGUGAUAGCCGAAGAUCUGGGGUCUCCUCCGUUCAAAACCAUAAAGCAGUACACUAUAAGAGUAGGUGAUGAAAAUGACAACGCUCCCCUUUUCGGCAAACCUGUGUAUGAAGUUUCGGUGAAGGAGAACAACGCCCCGGGUUCAUACAUAACAACUGUAGUGGCCCGCGAUCUUGAUUUGGGACACAAUGGCCAAGUCACUUACAAACUCAUUGAUGGAGAUGUAUUGCUGGGAUCUCCCUUAUCUACGUUUGUUUCUCUUGACCCGGUAUCGGGCGCCUUGUAUGCUGUAAGGUCUUUUAACUACGAAUUAAUUAAGCAAAUUGAAGUGACAAUUCAAGCUAGCGAUGGUGGGUUUCCACAACUAACAAAUACGGCGUUAAUCAGAGUUAAAAUAGAGGACCAAAAUGACAAUGCACCUCUUAUUGUUCAUCCCAUUUUGCAAAACAGCUCUGCAGACGUGCCAAUACCGUAUAAUGCUCCGUCUAGCUACCUUGCUGUCCAAAUCAAGGCAAGAGAUUCGGAUGAAGGUGUUAACGGUGAGGUGUCUUACAGAAUUUUAGAAGAUCCGCAAAUGCUGUUUUCUAUCAAUAAGCAAACAGGUGAAAUUUAUUUAAAAAACGCUCUAACAUUUGUUUGUGGAGACAUGCUCAAAGUAAAGAUUGCAGUAAACGACAACGGACGACCCUCUUUGUCAUCCACUGCUACAGUACGCUUCUUUGUUACAGAAAUGCCUCUUUCAAAUGAUCAAGUAGUGCUUAUGCUGCCCUCAAGUGUUGACACACAUUCUGAGAUGGACGUCUCACUCAUCGUUAUAAUCAUGCUAGGCGGCGGUUGUGCUGUAUUGCUGAUCGCUAUUAUAAGUGUCGCCGUUUCUUGCAAAAUUAACAGUAGAGGAAGAAAUUAUGCAGCCAAAAAGGACUCUAGCCACAGAAUAUUUGAAAGAAACCCACUCUCAAUGCAUAGUCCACAUGGCUCAUCUAUAUUCAUUGGAUCACGAGUUAUCGCCAGCGAUCAAGUUGCAUCCUCACGGGACGGGGAUGUCUCAAGCUGCCUGUACGAGGAGGGAAGCGAGGAUUCGGAAACUAGGGUUUUCCUACCCAACCGUACCUUCAGUCCAAAACAUUUCGAGCCCACCACCCUAUGGCAUGAUGAAAAGUUCAGUUUACAACUGAGUGGUAUUGGGAACACAGAUCAGCUGAGCGUAAAGGACAGCGGUAAAGGUGACAGCGACUUCAAUGACAGUGAUUCAGACAUCAGCGGAGAAGGAUCGAAGAAAUUCCCCAGCACCUUUAAUCCGCGGCCCAAUGGUACAACUCAACCUCCGAUCAGCAGAAGUGCGGAUUCUGGAGAGAGAUACUGUGUGAUCCCGACUCACGCAAACCUAUCUUGUAGGAAUGGGUACACAAUUUCAUUUUCUCAAGCACCCGCAUACAAUCAGCAGCCUUACCCCAGUUCCUGGAGAGACUCGUGCUAUCGUACAAACAUCCCCAAAACGAAAGGCUUGUUGCAGGCUAUCCCCAGGACAGGAACGCUUCCCGCUCAGUUCUGUCACCAUGGAGCAGUCACCCGCACAGCCGACAUCGAGAAAGUGAACGAUUGCCUUUCCGCACCGACACCUUUGUCUGAGGUUGCGACUUCAUUUUAAGUAAGUGACGUUUUGGCUGCAGAAGAAAACCCCAACAACCUGACCUGAAAGUGAAAAACGGAAGCCAAACACUUUUCAGAACUAAGGACAAAGUAAUAGGAAACGAAACCACAUAUUGCACCCUAAAUCAGAAGUGUUUAACUUUUGUUUUUUCUUUGUUUCUCCCUUCAAAAAGUUUUUGAAGGAGGAGGAGGCACAGUGUUAAAAUGACUGGAUGUUAGGGGGAAUCCGACUGAAAAGGCCCGCUUUUUAUAAUAUAUACUGAGUCGGUCUUUCACUGUUAGAAAAGUGUUUGCGUGUACCUCACAAUCUCAAGCACUUCUCUGAAUCAUGUAAGUAGGCAGGUAAAAGUAAUAUACUCUUGGAGGCUGUCCCUGAACUAUGUGUUUCCUCUGUCUUGAGACUGUAUAUAAGUGUACAAUAUAGAGUCCUAACCGGUAUUUAUAACGUUUGACGUUGAAAAUGUUUGUUUCACCGGCGAAUUACGCUAUGCAAAACAGUAUGUAAAU